AUGAUCCCUCCAAAAACUCCCAACACCAAGAGCAUGUUCAUACCCACUUCCACUGUGCGGCACAGCCAGAACAAGAAGUACCCGGCCCUUCCCAGCAAGCACAGUUCCAGCCCCGUGACCCCCACAGGGAGCCCGUCACGCUCUCGACCCGGGAGCGUGAAGCAUUCCUAUACCCGGAUGUCCGUGCGCGAACGGUACCUGCAGCUCCCAGGGACCGCACGCGAGUCGGACUCCCAGCUCCAACAGUAUGACGAGGUUGGGGAGCAAGAGUGGGAGGAAUCGCAGAGGCUCGCCAAGCAGGAACUUGAAAAGCUCGCCCCCCUCGAGUCGACGGGGUGGCACGGCCACAAGGGGGCCACCUCUCGCACGGUCGAGGACAUAGAAUGCUGGUGUCUGCACCAGGGGUUGGACCCCCGCCCCGGACCCAGGAAACGUGUGCUCUGUUGGGACUUCCCGAACGAUCUUCCCGCGUACAACCGGCCCACCAACAUCUACCCCGCCGUCAUCAUCACCCCGGACAGCGUCGUCGGCUCGGAAACCAUCGAAAUGGGUUCGCACACCGGCAUCUGGGUCCUCACCCCCCUCGACCUCGACGCGAUCCCGUUCGGCAGGGUGUUCCACCUGUUCGCGGACCCCAUUACUAGCCCGACGGACGCGAAUCCCCCGACGUACCAGUACAAGGGCCUGUUCAAGGCGCAUAACACGACCAUCACCCUCAACGAGAAAGCGUAUGGCGUAUUGUCGCCCAAGAUCCGCCAGAGGGCUAAGGACGCCAUGAAGCCUAGUGCGGAAACGACCGGCCCCGACGCGAACGACGCGUACAGGCGGUGGUCCCGGAACCCAGCCAAGGCAGAGCUCGUGCUGUUGGAGGCCUGCAGCUUCCCGCAACCAUUCGCCAAGUUCAAGGAGUCUUUGCUGGGCGGCCUCGUCGGCGCCACCUUCCGCCCGACCCUUCCCAGUGGUGAUGUCCAUCACUGUCGUCUUGAGAGGAAGAGGUAUGAAUCCAGGAGACGACUAACACUUGUGCCCCAGCUACGAUCCGUACUGAGGUGGGGAUGCAGCAGGGUUUUGGAUUACGCCAAAGCUGGCAGGAGGACACUGGAGUUUAACAAUCUACGAUGGGGAUACGAUCACCGCAGCGCGCCGAAGCCUAAAUCGGAGUCGUCACGCCUCAACAAUCUCCGUAUCUUCAGCAAUCGGGAUCGUGACGAGAUGCUCUACCCUUCUUGUAGAAACAGCGUAUGCGCAGAUAACAGGCUGAUCAGCGACGAACCAUCGAGAUGCGAGUGGACGGCACGUACUCCUUCGUGGAAAAUCCUCCGCCAACAUGGCUGA